UUCUCUUUCUGUUUGUUUGUCUUUCUAUAAUUUCUCUCUAUCGCAAUUACACCUCUCACCCUCCAUAAAUGCUAUUGCAACCUCUGCAAUAACUGCUCCUUAGCUACAGCAUCCUCUCCACCUGUUUCUUCUCUUCAAUUUCUCUCACCCUCUUCGAAGUCCAAACUUCAAACCCCCUUCUCUCUCUUUCUCUUUUGAUUUUGUCUCCUCUUUUUCCUCUCUAUCCUUGUUUUUCCUUUUUUUUCUUCCCUUUCUUUCGACUUCACAAGGUAGGUCUCUGUCAAAACCACUCCUCUUAACCGCAGAGUUGCUUUUUCCGGUGACCCCAAUCUAAAAAACCCACUCUAAACCUUCUUUCAUUAACCUUUGUGAAUAAAGUUCAAAAGGGUUUCUUGUGUUUUGACCCCCAAGCCUGCUUCCCACUCUUAACUCACAAACUUAUUCCUUGUUUUCCCCAGACCAUUUUGUUAGCAGUAUAUCUAUGUGUGUAACUUAUAUGCAUAUUUUCUCAUUCUCUCUUUGAUAUCUCUUCUACGCUCUAGCUAGCUGGUUUUUUUUUAUUUUUUCUUUUGAAGAAGAUUUUCCGUUAUUAUUUUGCUGAGAAAGAGAGAGUACCAAAAGGCUUUUAUAUGGUACAGAAGUAUCUUAGCUGAGCGUUACAAUCUUUGUUUUGGGGGGUUUCAGAAUUGGAGCGUCAAAGAGAACCCAAAAAUCCAUUGCGCGAGUCGACAUUUGAGCAAUUCGUUGACAUGUUCAGUCCAAACCUAUUUGAGAGUCCCCAUAUUUUCGACAUGACCCAUAAGACCUCUGAAAGUGAAUUAGUGGGGAAGAUAAGGGACGAUGAUUACGAGACAAAAUCAGGAACUGAAACCAUGGAUGCUCCCUCAGGAGAUGAUCAGGAUCCUAACCAGCGCCCAAAAAAGAAGCGUUACCAUCGCCAUACCCAGCGUCAAAUCCAGGACAUGGAAGCAUUCUUUAAGGAAUGCCCUCACCCAGAUGACAAGCAAAGGAAGGAGCUGAGCCGCGAGCUAGGGUUAGAACCUCUACAAGUCAAGUUUUGGUUCCAAAAUAAGCGCACCCAAAUGAAGGCCCAACAUGAACGCCACGAAAAUGCUAUAUUGAAGGCUGAGAAUGAAAAACUCCGUGCUGAGAACAAUAGGUACAAGGAAGCUCUUAUCAAUGCUACAUGUCCGAACUGCGGAGGCCCAGCUGCUCUUGGAGAGAUGUCAUUUGAUGAGCAGCAUUUGAGAAUAGAAAAUGCCCGGUUAAGGGAAGAGAUAGAUAGGUUAUCUGGAAUAGCUGCUAAAUAUGUCGGCAAGCCUUCGACUUCCUAUCCUCACCUUUCUUCUAAUUUACAUUCCCGUUCUCUUGAUCUUGGAGCUAGCAAUUUUGGAACGCAAUCAGGGUUUGUAGGAGAGAUGUAUGGUGGUGGUGAUCUUCUAAGGUCUGUCUCUGUGCCUACAGAAGCAGAUAAGCCCAUGAUUGUUGAGCUUGCUGUUGCGGCAAUGGAGGAACUAAUCAGAAUGGCCCAAUCUGGGGAACCUUUAUGGGUUCCUGGCGAGAAUUCUACAGAGGUGUUGAAUGAUGAUGAAUACUUGAGAACUUUCCCUAGGGGAAUUGGACCAAAACCUUUGGGGAUGAGAUCUGAAGCUUCAAGGGAAUCUGCUGUAGUCAUUAUGAAUCAUGUCAACCUAGUUGAGAUUCUCAUGGAUGUGAAUCAAUGGUCAAGGGUGUUUUGCGGUAUUGUUUCAAGGGCUAUGACUCUAGAAGUCCUCUCAACUGGAGUAGCAGGAUACUACAACGGGGCUUUGCAAGUGAUGACAGCUGAGUUUCAGGUCCCUACACCACUUGUACCAACUCGGGAAAAUUAUUUCUUGAGGUAUUGUAAGCAGCACACUGACGGAACUUGGGCAGUGGUUGAUGUUUCCUUGGAUAAUUUACGCCCUAGUCCACUGUCCAAGUGUAGAAGACGGCCGUCAGGUUGUUUGAUCCAAGAAUUGCCAAAUGGAUACUCAAAGGUUAUAUGGGUUGAGCAUGCAGAAGUGGAUGAUAGAGCUGUCCACAACAUAUACAGACCAUUAGUUAAUUCUGAUCUAGCUUUCGGGGCAAAACGUUGGGUGGCUACAUUAGAUCGACAGUGUGAACGUCUUGCAAGUUCAAUGGCCAGUAACAUUCCAGCAGGGGAUCUAUGCGUUAUAACAAGCCCAGAAGGGAGGAAGAGCAUGUUGAAGUUGGCAGAAAGGAUGGUGACUAGCUUUUGUACUGGCGUUGGUGCUUCUACUGCACAUGCUUGGACAACUUUAUCAACAACAGGUUCUGAUGAUGUGAGGGUUAUGACCAGGAAGAGUAUGGAUGAUCCAGGCAGGCCUCCUGGUAUUGUGUUAAGUGCUGCAACUUCCUUCUGGAUCCCAGUUCCACCAAAGAGGGUUUUUGAUUUCCUCCGGGAUGAAAACUCUCGAAGUGAGUGGGAUAUCCUUUCAAAUGGUGGUCUAGUUCAAGAGAUGGCUCACAUAGCUAAUGGUCGUGAUCCAGGCAAUUGUGUCUCCUUAUUGCGCGUAAAUAGUGCAAACUCUAGUCAAAGCAACAUGUUGAUACUACAAGAGAGCUGCAGUGAUGCUACAGGGUCCUAUGUGAUUUACGCCCCGGUCGACAUUGCUGCUAUGAACGUGGUCUUAAGCGGCGGGGAUCCUGAUUAUGUUGCGCUUCUACCAUCAGGUUUUGCAAUACUUCCUGAUGGUCCCGGACUUAAUAGUGAAGGAAUUCUAGAAAUCGGUUCCGGUGGCUCUCUCCUUACUGUUGCGUUCCAGAUUUUAGUUGAUUCAGUUCCAACAGCUAAACUCUCUCUAGGAUCAGUGACUACUGUCAAUAGUCUAAUUAAAUGCACAGUUGAAAGGAUCAAGGCUGCAGUAAUGUGUGAUCAUGCUUGAACGUAUCAAAAGAGUUAUAUAUGGAACAAGAGGAGGAAGAGAAGAGAAAAGAAAUGAUGUUUGCCUCAAAACAUAAGGAAGAAGUCAAGAACGCACCUUUCAUGAUCCUUGCAUCGUGGUGUUUGUAAGAAGGCAAAUCGCCACCCUGCAAGGGUAAUAGGUUCGGGAAUUGACUUUGCCAAACAAGGGUAAUAGGAGAAGUCGCCAUUUUGUGACCUUAGGGCUAAGUCUAUAGUAAGACUGAGAGUUAACGUAGGAAUAUAAUGGUUAUAUUAUAAAUUGUCUAAUUUCCUUUUCCUUCUUUGGUUUCAUGUGUUUUUGUUGAAGGCAUUGGUUGGACUCACACCCCAUUAGAAAACAUUUCUUUCUGCUUUUAUGUUUUGGUGGUUUUGAAAUUAAUUAAUGAAUAACUGUUGCCUUUGCUAAUUU